UUUAAAUCCACUCCGACGGCGCACAUCACUCCAACCAACAGUGCUGCUGUCCUCCACGUCCCGCUCCUCCGCGCUGCUGUCCCGGUCUCUGCCUCUGGAGGAGAGCGAGCGCCCCAGCAGCUCCAGCUGCACCAUCACGGCUGCCUGCACGGUAACAUGCUCUGCAGGCUUCGGCUGCUGUAGCUCCACAGACAUAUAUACACACCCUAUAUAUAGCUACUGGGACGUGUGUUGCCGUACGUGUGUGAGUGUGUGAGCGAUAAGGAGAUCUGGUUUUUUUAUUAUUCGGUCCCGGAGGAAAGCGUCCGGUGCGAGCCGAGCAUCCCUCCGCGCAGCAGGGGAGACCCUCCCGGCUCCAGAGCGCCGCCGCUACAACCGGUGUGGAACACGGCCUGGCUUCUGCGACAAGACAGCGUUGUCGUCAAGUGAAAGGACAACAAAAACUGUCCCGUUGCCAUGGGGAAACAGAACAGCAAGCUGCGGCCCGAGAUGCUGCAGGACCUCCGGGAGAACACGGAGUUCUCCGACCACGAGCUGCAGGAGUGGUACAAGGGUUUCUUGAAGGAUUGCCCCAGUGGAACAUUGAAUGUGGAGGAGUUCAAAAAGAUCUAUGCCAAUUUCUUUCCCUACGGAGAUGCCUCCAAGUUUGCCGAGCACGUCUUCCGGACUUUCGACACCAACGGCGAUGGGACGAUAGACUUCCGGGAGUUCAUCAUCGCCUUGAGCGUCACGUCACGGGGGAAGCUGGAGCAGAAGCUGAAAUGGGCUUUCAGUAUGUACGACCUGGAUGGAAACGGAUACAUUAGCCGUGAGGAGAUGCUGGAGAUUGUUCAGGCCAUCUACAAGAUGGUGUCAUCCGUGAUGAAGAUGCCAGAGGAUGAGUCCACGCCAGAGAAGAGGACGGAUAAGAUCUUCAGACAAAUGGACCUCAAUAAUGACGGAAAAUUGUCCCUGGAGGAGUUUAUCAAAGGUGCCAAAAGCGACCCCUCCAUUGUCCGGCUACUCCAGUGCGACCCCAGCUCCGCCUCCCAGUUCUAAAGCCCCUCCCCCACAUCCUGCUGCGAGCUUGUUUUU